UAAGACAAAAGGGUAAAAACAAAAGAUUGGAAGACAGAAAAUGACGAACAUCCCUUCAACACCUCUCCUUCAGUCCACCGUUUGUUCUUCACCGGCGACCAUAAUCAACGAACCAAAAACUAUGACACAGGAUUACGUUGCAGAAAAUCAAGCUUCAAUCUCCAAGCAAAGAAAGAAGAGGAGGUGGGAUCAGCCUGACGAAUCUUUUGUCUCUUGUGGAGUUUUGCCUGGAAUGCUACCCAUGAACACUGUAGGAUGCUCUGGUAUAUCUCUUCCAGGAGCGGUUUCAGCUUCGUGUGCUGCUUCAACCAGUUCCACGAAAGCUUCUUAUGUCAGUAUUCAGGCCUCUGUGCAACAACAAGCUGCUGCUGUGGUCCAAAAACUAAUUGAGCCGAAGAUUCAGGAUGAUCUCAUAAUAGCAAGAGAAAUUGUUAUAAAUGAUGCAGAUCCAGCUAUGCGUUACAAGCUGACAAAACGUCAGACACAGGAAGAGAUUCAAAAGUGUACUGGUGCAGUCGUAAUAACUAGGGGCAAGUAUCGACCACCCAAUGCAGUACCAGAUGGUGAUAAACCACUUUACCUUCACGUAUCUGCUGGAGCUCAUUUGAAAGAGACAUCAGAACGGAUCCUUGCAGUAGAUCGUGCAGCUGCCAUGGUUGAGGAUAUGCUGAAACAGGUAUCUCAGCCAUUUAGCACAUGUAUCUAUUUGGGCUUUGAUGCAGAUCCAUCACUCAACAUGGUUGCAAGAAUACGUGGUCCAAAUGACCAAUAUAUAAAUCACAUUAUAAAUGAAACAGGAGCAACAGUUGUACUACGUGGGCGUGGUUCAGGGUAUCUUGGGAACAUUCAGGGUGAAGAGGGACAGCAACCUUUACAUUUACUGUUGUCCAGUAGCAAUCAAAAGAGCCUUGAAGAUGCAAAACUUUUAGCGGAAAAUCUUUUGGACACAAUCAGUAGAGAGUGUGGUGCAAAUAGGGUCUCAUCAUGCAAAGUUUAUGGUGCUGUUCCACCCCCACAACAAUUGUUGGUUGGCGUUCAGAGUUCAGGGACAGAAAUGCAACAAAACCUGAGUUCUGCUGCAACUUCAAUGCCAGGAGUAGCUGUUCCUUUGGUUGUUGGAGCAGUGGUUCCAACUUCCUUUUCUUAUGGGCAGGUAGUGCAACAUGGAGCCUUGCUUCCUCCUGGCCAUGCCCAAACAAAUGGGCUUCCCUAUUCCCAGCCACUGACUGCCUGUACUAGCUACAGUGCAUAUGCUGGAAUAUAUCCGCAGGCCACACCUUUGCAGCAAGUGGGAUUAGCUCUUAGACAGUCAGGUCCAGUCUCCUCUACAGUUGAUCCUGCUACAUCAACUCCAAGGGUGAUGUCAAAAAGCUUAUCAGAGUCAGAAAAGCGUAAGCGGAAAUUCCAAGAGUUGCCUGCAGCUGUAAAUAGAGUUGCUAUCUCCCAACAGGAAAAUAUGACCCACCCACUGAAUAUAGAGCCCCAAGGUAUGUUUUGUCUGCUUUGUUCGUUAUGGUUGAAUUCAAUAGAUUUGAAUGAAUUGAAUCUAGAGGACAUUGAAGUGUAAAAUUGACUCUUGUCCUUGGCCCUAAAUUUUUGGUAUUGAUACUCUUCUGAAUGAGGAGAUCAAUGGGGCUAAAGUCCACAAAUGAUAUAAAUCGGAGAAAAAUGUUGCGUUCAGAUGUUAAUAUUGUGCAAGAUUCGCACAGAAUCCCUAAAGAGGUGGCUGAAAGAAUAUCUAAAGUUACAACUUAUUCCCACAAAGAAGCUGGACUAGACACAUGUGUUUAUGCUCUCUUCACCUGGUUUGAAUUUAUAAAAGUCUGGUAUGAAUCUGUCAAAUUUGAUCUGGCCUGGUAUGAAUAUUUCUAGUCUGCUUUAGUCCGAUCUUUUUUUCUUACUGAACUUUGACUACACUUUAAUGCUAAUUUGUAAGAAAAGACAUUAUCAUGAGGGAUCUUGUUAAUCUUGUUUAAUAAUACGAACUUAAACAUAUUUGGUAGUAAGUAAACGUAAAAGAGAUCUCCUCUGACUAGAAUUCUGUUCUGGUCUAACUUUAACAAGAAUUUGUUACGUUGCCUUGAUCAUGGAAGAUCAUACCAUACCUUCACUAGUGAUUUAAUGUUUGUGACAAUGAUGUUUUACGUUUCACCUUUUAAGAGGGAGAAAUUGGGUUGUUGUCAGUGAUGUAGUGUUUAUCCCGAGAACUAUCUAUAUACUUUGUGUGUCUAUUUUCCUAAGCACUCUGCAAUCCAGAGCCAGGCUUCAUACAUGAUACAAGUAAUAGUGAAGCACUUCUAUGAUGCAAAGACUUUUAUUAAGGUGUCAAAGCUUAAGUAUGUAUCCAAGAGUCUGACAUGGAAAGUUCUUUAUAUGAUGAUAUAGGAACACUCAUGAAUAUUGAUGUUUUGGUAUGGUCAUAUGGAAUAGUAUACAAGUGCAGUGUCCAUAUGCACAUAUACUUGAGUGGAAUUUAUAUUUUAUGAACAAAAUUGAAAUAUUGAAUGUCAAAGUGUUUAUACGUGUCUGGAGUGUCAUUUAUGCAACAUAAAUACUCAAGCUGAAAUGAAGAGUUUAAGUACUAUAGGCUCAUAACUACGCUUUGAUGACAAGGUUUAUCAGUUUUCAUUGUCUAGCUGUAAUAGGAAUCUAAUGAAUUAUUCUCGAAAAAACUAUAAUUAGGGCUGCAGUUUUAUUAUUAUUAUUAUUAUUAUUAUUAUUAUUAUUUAUUAUUAUUAUUACUACUUGUUAAUAAUAAUGGUAAUACACUUUGGUGCAUUCUUAUUAUCAUUAACAAGCAUACCAGACUAGGCAUUAUUAUUAUUAUUAUUAUUAUUAUUUAUUAUUAUAUUACUACUUGUUAAUAAUAAUGGUAAUACACUUUGGUAACAUUCUUUUCUACAUUCCUGUUUCCCACCUUCGUCAGUGGUAAAAAUUCUUUGAUAUCUCUUAGUCCUGUUCUUUCUCAUAUGAAUUUAAAUGUUGUUGGAAAACAUGGCUGUAAUAGUUCGUCAUUAUUUUCUCGUCUCCUUUUUGAUAAACAACGCUUGGAAAACAUAUUAUACUUAUACAUCCAUGCAUCUAAACUUCCUCUGCUCGUUAUUAUUUGUCAAAUUUAAAUUUUUUCUGAUGCUCUUAGAUAUUUUUUAGUUUCUUAUCAAUCAAUCAAUCAAAGCGUUAAUCCCAUAUAUUUAGUUUCUAAUGUGUCUGAAUGAAAAUUAGGUGAAAGUCAAAAAGAAAGUAAGCCACAUUGUAAAAGGAGUUUGACUAGUGUUCUUCUUUGAUUAAAUAUUCUAUUUUUGUACUCACACAGAUGUAUUUAUAAUCCAAGUUCUCUCAUGCUCUUAAAUUUCCUUUGUAAGUGAUUUUUUUACUUCUGUAUGCUUCAUAUAACAUGAAUAAGAAUUUUGUGCAGUUAAUUUCUACUUCCUCCGUUCUAUUAAUAUUGCAACAAGGAUGAAAUUACGCAUCCCAAAGCACAUUUUAUAUGCUAAAUAUCUAUAAUU